CCCGGACAUGACGAACCGUCGCACAAUCAAUGGUGCGUAAGCACUGUUCUGUUGUACUACCAACCCGGUGUACGAAAGGGUGGGUGGAUACACAUGCAGAUUGCUGGCCUUCUCCUUCUGUCCUGAUGCCUGGCGGCGGGUGUGCUACUAAAUGAUCCAACUGGAUUCCCACGCGUGCCAUCUAUCGACCUCAGGAUUCUUACUGCGUCAAUGUGCAGUUUAUCAAGCCUAGCUCCCCUCAAAGCGGCUCCUCCUGCGUUGUGACUGCCACCCCAGAACUGCACCUACAUUCAGAAAUCGUACCUCCAAAAUUCUCGCCUUCUCAGGGCCCAUUGAUGCUACCCCAAAUAUUUGUCGUCUUUUCCCUCCUGUGCUGCCACAUCACACGCAUUCGAUCGUUCAAGCUUCUCGUCGCCAUCCACAACCAAAUCUUUUGUCCAUCUAACCCUGCUGGCCGAUCGAGCUCACCCGCUAUCUUUGAUACAGUGCCACCUCCAUGGACACAGACGAAAUAAAAGACCGCACUGAAGAUGGAGACAAGAAGAGUGAAAGUUCAUCAACCGCAGGUCAGCCGCAGGCUCAGAAAGCCGAUGUGCAGGGUACUGAGGUUGUCCCUGAACCGAAGACCAUUGCAUCCCCUAAGCUACAUGAAACUCGAGCUCGUGAUGAUGCGACAUCGGAGCUGGGAGACAGCGGAAAGGCUGAGUCGACGGACCGAGCGAAGAAUCAAACCACAGAAGACGCCUCAGCUGAUACCACAACGCUUCAAACCACAGAAGCUGUGAUGGAAGCAUCAGAUGCCUUCAUGUACCGGACGAAGCCAGUGGUUCGAUACUGCGAUUGGCACGAGUUCAAGAACAGGUACCCAGACGACGACGAGUAUUGUGCCAUCGAGACCCUCUUGGCCUCGAGGGAUCUCAGUGCGGAGAUCAGGCUCGAGCAAAUCGAUCGGAAAGCCAAGGAAAGACAGCGCAGCAUACCGAGAUCAAAGAUCGCAGUAACACCUGCACAACCUGACGAGAUGGGCCCUGGGGCUGUAGGCGACCAACGGCUCGAGCGUGUUCGAAUCAAUUCUGCAUUCAUCAUUGGAUACCUUUCGAAGGUCACUGGAGAAGGUUCGUGGAACCGGAAGCCUCACACAUUUCUCAAUCCAUUCAAGAUUUUUAUUCAUAACCAUCGUAAGAUGGAGGCCGAAUUCGAAGUCUUGAAGGAAAAGUUUGCAGCUUCAGACACACAGCCAACAGCCGAUAUUCCCAGUUCGUCGGAUAGUGUCGAUGCCGAAAAGGAUGUCGGCCCUAUUCAGGCUGAAGCAUCGGCCGACACGAAACUGGAAAGUUUCAAGGCGUAUCAAGACAUGAAGUGCUACGUGGACUUCAUGAAGACUAGAAUAAUGCCUCUCUAUACAAUGUUUGAAAAGGCAGACCAUCGCAACUCCGUCCAAGUAAGAUACUCGGACAUCUGGUAUUUGUUCAGACCAGGAGAUAUACUGUGCGAACGCAAAAUCCUUGGCCCAGAUGCGUCAGAACCAAUGUCCAAGACUGGUGGCCUCGAUCUCCCUUCUGAUUCUCUUGGGCCAGCCUCCGCUGAUAUGCAGCUAUGGAGAUCUUGGGCUACCUUACUGGAUGACGAUGGUUGGGAGGUAGAUGACCUCACUGAAAAGUCUACAGGUCAGCUUUACGUGGAGAAGACUGGACCUAAGUGGGCGAUAGAGCUGAGGCACUACCGCAUCGACUUCGACGGUGAAGCCUUUGCCCCCGUCUCCCGCUCGAAGUGGGUCGCUUGGUACGAGGGGACAAAAGCCGUGACCAGUCUCCCGGUGUACCCAAUACGAUUCGCCAAGGACCAUGAGCAGUUUCUUCAGCGUUUGCAGGCUCGGGGCGAAAAGUUCCGGGAGUUUGUCUUCACUCAUAAACGCCCAACGAUGUCGUACCUGGGAUGGACUUUGACUCACGACCCUUCUGGCGAGCGGAUCAGAACCCAACUGGGUAAACUGAUCACUUUCCCUGAGCACAUUGAUAGUGACGUCGUUAUCGACUUCCGCGAGACUUACCAAUCUCUUCCACCGUGGAAACCUAACUUCCUUGCUCUGGACGACAGCAUCCGCAAGCCUGUAACGACUGUUGAUGAAUUCGCUGUAGCCCAUUGGGCUGCUAGGGAUCGGUCUAAGCAGAGCAGCAAGAAAUUUGAAAUGGUGGUUCACACGGAUGAGGUAGAUUUCGCGAGGUUAGCUGAGUUGGUUGAUUCCGGGGGCUUCUUGAAAACAAUCCGAGGGACAGAUUGGGCGAAAGAAGUUCUCCCGUCAGUCGGUAGACAUCACCUUGAUCCCGAGGAUCUUGCCCUGCUACCAUGUCGGGUGUUUGCAUACUCACUUCGGGAUCGUCGAUUUGUCAACGCCGACAUUCGGUAUCUGAAGCCCAUCAAACGCGAGCUAACAACCUUUGACAAGCUCAAGAUCUCAGUCAACCACAAGAGCAUGAUAAAGUCACUGGUGCAUGAGCAUUUCCAGAAGAAGGAGGCUCAAGAAAAAGGCCGGGACAGGCAGCUCGAGAUCUCAGACCAAGACUUCAUUCGGGGCAAAGGCAGGGGGCUUGUAAUGCUUCUGCAUGGAGCCCCUGGGGUCGGCAAGACUGCCACAGCCGAGGCUGUAGCGGAUGUCUACAAGAAACCCUUGUUUGCUAUUACCUGUGGUGACCUGGGGACUGAGCCGAAGGAGGUGGAAUCGAACCUUAAUGAGAUCUUCCGCUUGGCGAAUGCAUGGGAUUGCAUCCUGCUUCUAGAUGAAGCUGAAAUUUUCCUAUCCCCAAGGGAGAAGAGGGAUGACAACCUACAAAGGAAUGCCCUAGUGUCAAUCUUCCUCCGUAUUCUAGAGUACUAUCCGGGUAUCCUUUUUUUAACGACUAACCGCCCAGGGGCCCUAGACGAAGCUGUAAAGUCCAGGGUACAUAUUACCCUUUUCUACCCACAGCUAAGCAAGGCAGACACCGUAUCCCUAUUCCAGAUGAAUAUCGAGAGACUGAAGAUGAUCGAGAAGCAACGCGUGGCGAUCACACAAGAACCCGAGAUGAUAAUUGAGGAAGGGAGCAUCUUGGAUUUUGCGAGGGAGCACUUCGAAACUUUUAGCUACAGUGGCACAGUCGACUGCAGGUGGAAUGGGCGGCAGAUACGCAAUGCCUUCCAGAUCGCGGCAUCCCUAGCGCGCUACGAGCACUUUGACAGCACAAGAGACCCGGCGGCUGCGGCUGACGAUGGGGGUCGCCCCGGCGGGGACGGCUCCUCGCCGGCCGGGAGCGGCCUGCGCCUGCUCGCUCGCCACUUCAAGCAGGUCGAGAGGGCGACAGUCGAGUACGACGAGUUCCGCAAGAAGAUGCUCGGGGCCACGGACUCGGAGCUCGCCCGACAGAAGGAGGAGCGUGCACCCGAGGCUGGGGAACGCCCGCCACCCGGGGCACGUCGCCGCGUCGCAAUGUCUUCUGCGCAAAGAUACCCGCAGCCUACGCCCAGCGCGCCAUAUGCGAGAGACAGAGGCGACAGGCCAACGGGGCAGCGCGGCGGUGGCGAUGGUGGCAGGUUGUCAGCAGAGUACGACCCUUACGAUCCUGCCUACAACACGCCGAGGAGACAACCAGUAAGGCGGGCUCGUGCUGCCUACCAGCCUUUUGAGGUCGAGGGUGAUGACCUGAACCCGGAAUACGACGAAGAUGAGCAGGCAAUGAAUCUUUAGGGCAAUGGCUGACAUCAUAUUUGACCUUUGCUUCUUGUCAGGGCCAGGGACGAUGCUUCCUAUGGGCGACACGAGCCCGGAAAGCGCGUGCGAGGCUUUUACCCGUAUACACUUCUUUCAUUGCGAUCCUUGAAGUCAUAUAAGUAAUGAGCAAGAGAGCUAGAUCGUCUUCGGGAUUUCUUUAGUUCCAUAGUGAAACCAGAAUGCUUUCCUUCA